CAGAGAGCUGAGCAGCCGGAGCAGCGCUCCUGAAGCGGCAGAGCAGCCGGAAGUUCACACUCACCUCCCGCGCAUCGAGGGGAUACGGGUCAGGAUCUGCUUUAAUUCAUCUCUCAACACUAAUAAUACUGCAUGCAGUCCAUGCUGGGGAAUAUCAGCAGGUUCACACUGGUUUCUGAUAAUUCUGAUAAAAACUAAAUAAUUCUAAUGCUACUUACUGUAUUGUGUGUGUGGGGUGAUAUCAACACUGUGAUGUGAUUUGUGAUUGAUGGCUUCAAAUAGGAUUCACGUGUGCAGAUGCCCUCCUAUACAAAACUGAUCCUGGAGGUGUAGUGGAAAAAAUCCUUCCAGCUGAAGUCAAAAAAAACUUCAGAGACAGAGGGUUUGUAGAUGCCAGAAAGAAAGCACACUUUAUUGAAACAGUAAAGUGAGACAGUCUGUAGAAAGUCUCACUUCAUGCAAAAAUACAUGGGCUUUUAUACUUUUCUGAGACUGGGAGCUCAUCUUAGACAGGGUUUUUACCUUUUCUCAUUAAAAACAAACCAGCCUCCUUCGCCACAAUUAAUUAUUCAUGUCUGUAUGAUAUUUUAGAUUCGUGGAGAAUGCGCAGUUUGUUGUUGUUCUUAAAAAGGUUUUAUGAGGACAAGGUUUCUUUUCUUUUUCUUUUUUUUUUUUUAAAGGUUUCACUCAGACAGAGUCCUUGUUUUGUUUUUGUUUUUUGCUUUUCUCUAACCAAAACUCCCUUCUUAUGUCUCACUGAGCUUCUGUCUGUUUCUCUCUGCCUCCCUUCCUGAGGCCCUAUCCUAACUCGUUAAUUGGUAUCAGGCCUCAAGGUUGUUUACUUAAAAGCAGCUUCAGCGCAUGUCUAAUGCCAAUUUAUCGCUGUGCAGAAAGGUGCAGGCUGAUACAGAAAAACGAUUAAUGUGCAUUAAGACACAGAAUUCAUCUAACUCAAUACAUACUUAGAAUAUAACUCGAUCAAAAAGUGUUGUAUGGUUUUAGACUAUGCUUCUAAAUAUUGAUUAUACAUACAGAUCAUGCUUGUUAACUAAUAUCGGUUUAUUAGAUUAUGCUUCUAAGUAAUAAUUCUAAAUGUUGGUUAUACAUAUUGAUUACACUUUAUCGAUGUAUUCUAUUUUCAUGCCUUAACACGCCUUAUUGAACUAAUCAGAAAAAUACCAGCCCUUCUUAAGUUGGGUGUGUUAGAGCAGGGAAAAUGUUCAAAUGUGCAGGACAGGUGGUACUUCUACUUCAGGACCAGAGCUGGGAACCUGUACACUACAUGAAUCUGGUGGUUUCUGACUCAGUAUAGCCUACCUGUUCAACAUAAGAAAUGAUCCUGCAUGGAUAAUAAUGCAGUAAUGAUGUGUAUUCAGACAGAAUUGGCAGGUACAUCCCACAGAUGCUCGAUCGGAUUGAGAUCGGAGGAAUUUGGAGGCCGAGUCAACACCUUGAACUCUUUGUCAUGUUCCUCAAACCGUUCCUGAACAUUUUUUGCAGUGUAGCAGGACACGUUAUCCCGCUGAACUAGACCACUGUCAUUAAGGAACAUUGUUGCCAUGAAGGGGUGUACUUGGUCUGUAAUAAUGUUUAGGUCGGUGAUACGUGUCAAAGUAACAUCCACAUGAAUGCCAGGACCCAAAGUUUCCCAGCAGAACAUUGCCCAGAGCAUCAGAGCAUUGCCUCAGCCAGCUUGUCUUCUUCCCAUAGUGUACCUGGUGCCAUCUCUUCCCCACGUCGGUCAUGUGCAAAAAGUGUCUCUGGUGCCAGGAAAAGUGCAUGAGAUGAAGACCCUCAGUCUGAAGCCUCUUCUCUUUGAAAUUCCUGGUUUCCUCUCUGAGAGAGAGUGCGCAGUAGUGAUGCGUCUGGCUCAGCUGAAGGGCCUGGUGGAAAGUCAAGUCAUGGUGCCUGAGGGACAGGAAGAGCUCAGCCAGCAGCUCAACCUCAGUGCUGAAGAGAUCUUCCAUUUGCUUGAUCUCAAUCAGGACGGCCAGCUGCAGCCACAUGAGAUUUUAACACAUUCCAGAGUGAGAGAUGGUAUCUGGCUGACUCCUGAGAACCUCAGAGAGAUUUACGCUGGCCUCAAGGUGGACCAGGAUGGUAACGGCCUCUUGAGUGUAGAGGAGUUUGGGCAGCUGAGCAGUGACGCAUUCCAGCGCUUCCUACACCAGCGGGGGGUGAACAGGAACCAGUUAGUGAGGAACAGCAGACACACGUGGCUCUACCAGGGUCAGGGAGCACACCAGGUCCUCAGAGAUCUCCGCAAUAGGGUCACGCGUUUAACAAGGCUUCCAUCUGCAUUGGUGGAGUUGAGUGAACCUCUUCAGGUGGUGCGUUAUGAGCAAGGUGGUCAUUACCAUGCUCAUCAUGACAGCGGGCCAGUUUACCCUGAGACAACCUGCACACACACACACCUCGCUGUCAACUCCUCCUCACCAUUCCAGACUUCCUGCAGGUAUAUUACUGUAUUGUUUUACCUGAACACAGUAGAGGAAGGCGGGGAAACCACCUUUCCUGUAGCAGACAACAGAACCUAUGAUGAAGUGUCUCUUAUACAAGACGACGUUGAUUUGUUGGACACGAGAAAGCACUGUGAUAAAGGGAACUUGAGAGUGAAGCCCACAAUGGGCAAAGCAGUGUUUUGGUACAACUAUCUGUCUGAUGGAAAUGGCUGGGUGGGUGAACAGGAUGAGUACGCACUACAUGGGGGCUGUGUUGUCACUCGAGGGGUAAAAUGGAUCGCCAACAACUGGAUCAAUGUUGACCCAGACUACCAACGGCAAUCCCAGUACGAGCAGCUCAUGUCGCAGCAGCCGGAAUCUCAGGAGCAGCUGCAUCACACAGACACACACCAGGACCUGUAACUACAUGCAUGCAUUUCACAAGACUUGCAGUACACAUGCAUUUGUAAGUCCACAAACAUACUGUAGACACAAGAAGAUCUGCAAACACAUAUACGUGAACAUGCGUAGCACGCACACACCAAGGCAUGCACAAGCACACAAACACUGUGCUGGAACAUGCACAUGCAGAUACACAAACAAUUAUAUGUAUGGACGAACAAACAUCUAUACAUUAGAAAGGCUUAUUGGGACACAGGGAUACAACUUUAAUACUUGCACAUGUGGUACAGCGUACCAUGUGGUAUUUUACCAAUAUUUAUUUAUGAACACUUCUAAAAUUGUUAUUGGUGAUUUCAUUGCAGCUGCUUUGUAUGAGCACAGAGAGAGAGAGAGACUAGAGAGAUGGGUUGGGCACAGCGACCACUGAAAAUAGAGAGACAGGGCUUACUGUCUGGUCAUAGAAAUGAACUAAAACUGGUUCACUUCUGACAUUUUUUUUACCUGACACAUUUUUCUUUUUCAAUUCCUGUGUCAGUGUUCACCUAAUUUAUUUUUCCCCCCAAUUUCACCUAAUCAUUACACUGCCAAAAUCUAUAUUGCUUUUUAUUUUUUUCAUAAUCCCCAUCUUGAUGUAGAUGCACAAACCUGUAUAGACAUACACUGUGCAUAUUCAUGCAGGCAUACAGGUACAUGCAUGCUUAUUAGGGGUGUAACGAUAUGUUAACGAUACAUUACAUCCUAAUGCACAGCUUUUGUUUUGUUAUUAUAUGCUGCUAAGAUUCCGAAUGGUCACACAGUAACUGUCACUAUUAAGUUGCAUUAUUGUACUUUUAUAAUAUCACAUUUUAGUCAACGGAAAAUGGAAACCUAAGAUACAUAUACAGACAAUGCUUAUUAUUGCUGUAUUGAAAAUGUAUUAUAUUGAAUUUGAAUUUUGUGUAUUGUUACACCCCUAAUGCUUAUAUGUACAUAGAAAUACACUUGCUGACAAAAAUACAUUCAGACACACUAUAAACACUGAACUGAUCUGUAGCAUAACUUCACCUAUUAGACAUUUGAGCUUCAUUGUUUAAAGCUAAAUUACCUGUAUAGCUCUGUGCUGCAUCGAAGUAGUAGUACAAAUGAAUCAUAUGAGCCGAGCUGAGCUUUAUAUGCUGGAAAAUAACAGGCUGUCAACUACUAUUUGUUUGUUCUGAAAUUAAUUUCUUCAGAACAAGUAAUCACCAGCAUUCACUAAACCAGUGGCGGCUCGUCCAUAGCGGCAGGUGGGACAGAGCCCAACCAUAUAUAUAAACCGUUCAACAAACUUCAUAGUCCUGAUGCACGAUGCCAUACAUUUUAAAUUCAGUUGAAAUACUAAUGUGUGACCGACGAUAUUUAAAAAAAAAAUUUUUUAAAUGUAGCUGUUUGAUAGAUACCCUCUGUAUUCGAACAGCAAGGCCAGUCAUUUUUAUUAUUUUUUUUGCUAUACAUUGGAGACAUUUGGGUUUGAGAUCAAAAGAUGAAUAUGAGAAUUUCAGCGUUUAUUUUCUGAUAUUUAUCUAGACGUGUUACAGUUUAGAACAUGGUACCUUUUGUUUGAACCCAUCCAUUUUUCAAGUGAUCAAAAAUACUGGAACAUGUGACUGACGGGUGUUUCUUAUUGCCCAGGUGUGUCCUGUUAGAUUGAUUGUUUAAACUCUGAAUGUAUAUUCUUGGUUUGAGCCCUGGGGUUUCUCCUCUUAAGACUGCAUUUUUGUUGUUAAAAAAGGAUAAACCAACAUGAAGACCAAAGAGCUGUAUAUGAGAGAAAAGCAAGCUAUUUUAAAGCUGAGAAAAGAGGGGAAAUCGAUCAGACCCAUUGCACAAGCAUUGGGCAUAGCCAGUACAACACUUUGGAAUGUCCUGAAAAAGACAGAAACCACCGGUGUACUAAUAACCAGAUAUCGAAAAGGUCGGCCAAGGAAAACAGCAGCAGUUAAUGACAAACAUUGUGAGCCCUGUGAAGAAAAACCCAAAAACAACAGACUGUGACAUCAACAACAACCUCCAAAGGGUAGGGGUGAAUGUAUCACAAUCCACUAUUUGAGGAAGAGUCAAAGUGCAGAAAUAUAGAGGCCAUACAACAAGAUGCAAACCACUCAUGAGUAGUAAGGAUCAGAAAGCCAGAUUGGAAUUCACGAAGAAAUACAGAGCCAGAAAAGUUCUGGAACCAAGAUUAACCUCUACCAAAGUGAUGGAAAGGCCAAAGUGUGGAGAAGAAAAGAUCUGCUCAUAAUCCAAAACAUACAAGCUCAUCGGUUAUGCACAGUGGAGGGAGUGUCAUGGCUUGGGCAUGCAUGGCUGGUUCUGGAACAGGUUCACUAAUUUUUAUUGAUGAUGCAACUCAGUAGCAGAAUGAAUUCAGAAUUUGACAGUUUAUGGAGAAAUGCAUCCAAUAACUUCGGUAACUUCCUGCUGCAAGACAACGACCCAAAAAGCACUGCGAACACAACAAAGGACUUCAUCGGGGAAAAACUGGAAGGUUUUAGACUGGCCAAGUCGAUCACCAGACCUUAACCCAGACGAGCAUGCAUCUCACCUCCUGAAGAGGAGACUGAAGGGAGAAACCCCCCAAAACAAAUAGCUGCAAGAGGCUGCAGUACAGGCCUCUACAAAGCAACACAUAAGAAGAAUGCAACAGUUUUGUGGCGAGUGGACCGCUGGCUUGAUGCAGUUAUUGCAAGCAAGGGAUAUGCAACCAAAUAUGAAAUAUUAUUUACUUUAAUUACUUUAAUUUAACUUUAAUUAAUCUGUUUCUUUUGCUCACCUAAAAAAUUCCGUGGUCUACCAUCAAAGGUGCCAUGUUCUAAGUUGCUAAACACAUCUAGAUGUAAAUAUCAGAAAAUGAAAGCAGAAAUUCUGAUCUAUUGUCUCAUUCUUCUUUUGAUCUCAAACCCAAAUGUCUUUAGUGUAUGGCCUUGCCAUUAUAAUACUUUCAGAGGGGACUGUACGUCUACGUUCCGUUGAUUUGUUCACCUUCCUAAAUGUUGCACAAUCGUGGGGCAGCAUGCGCAGUUCCUCAUUUAGCUUGGUGGAGUUAUUAUUGCAUGGAAUGCUCAAAGUUGGGAACUAAAAGAAGCGCUAAAAUAGGCUCAUUGGGGCAGGAAUUACUCUUCCACCUGCUUGUUCUAUAAAUGUUUUGUUUAUACAUGGGGGAGGGGCAGCAGACGGGACAGUGUUACAUCUUCUGUGUUCAUUUCACACACUGUGACAGUGGCUAUGGGAACCACACUUCAAACACAGUUGAUUUUCUUUUUUAAAAAAAAAUCCAUUUGAACACAAGUCAUCACAAUGAACACAGCCAUCUUUUUUAUCCAUGGUUUUCAGUCCUUUCCCUGAUUAGAAAGGACAUGAUUAGCAAGUUUAGUCUACACUUUUAUCUAGCUAACUAUUAUAACUAGCUAGGUUGUGAAUGUGUCUUUGGAUUGCAAUUAUCUGCAACCAGAAGCCAUCAUAAUUGCACCAAUUGUUUUAAAAUUACAAUGUCUGGUCUCAAUAAAGCUGUGAUCGAGAAACUUGGGCAUCUGAAAGGUCGACAAGCUACUUACAAACUUUUUUUUGUUUGUUUGUUUACAAAUGAGGCAAUGAGGUGGCAUCAGUUUUGUCAGCUCUCAACUGCCUAUUAUGGGGUUACUCAUAGCCUUUCUACCUAAAAAUUGUUUGAGGCCGUGUUAUUAUUAACGUCGUCCUUCCCCACCAAAGUCUAUGGUCACGAGCCGCUCCUACACUAUACUUCACUAAUCAGAACAGCAUAUUUUUAUAGCUGAUUUUCCAAGUUACUUUGUGUUAUUUUUCUUAUAUUUACUAAGAAAUUUUAACCCUAGGCAGGUUUUACAAUCUUUUGAUCAUUUCUUACAGGCAAUAGCCUGUAUGAAAUGCACAGCCUGCCAUCAGUUCCCCUUUCUGCACGGAAAAGGUCCACAAAGCUGAACCAAACAAAUAUAGUUCUAGUGUAGUACCCUUACAUAAAUGAUUUCCAAACAAAUCUAACUUAUAGCAGCACACGGCAAAUACAGAACAUGUACACACUCACAACCACACACACAUCUUGUAUGCAUACAUCUAGAGACACACAAGUCCUUAAGUGCUAUAUUAGUACAUAACUAAUAAUGUACUUGCAUGAUGUUGAUUUCACAUCCUGAGUCAAUCUUCCCUGAUAGCAAGGUGACACUGAUUCGAUGUUGAACUUCCAUCAGAAUCAUCAUUUUGGUUGAGGGUAAGUAUUCAGUGCUAAAUUAGAUUGAAGCAAUGUUGAUAAUUCGUUGCUUUUCAGUGUUGAAAAGACAAACAAUGAAUCAAUGUUGAUUUUUGGUCAGCUUCACUUCCCCCACUGGUGGGGAUUAGAUUUAAUGUCAAUCCAUCCGUCCUCUCCUUCAACACAACACAAAUCAACUGGGUGCAUUUCCGUGAAAUUUAGUGAGCAUAUGGAUCGCUGGCUACAAAAACCUUGAGAACCAUUGCUGUAGAACACUGAAGGCAACAUUAUUUAUUGAUUUGACUUAUUUAUUUAUUUAUUUAUGGGAAUGCAGCCAUAUUUUAUAAUCUUUGUUUACAUAUUUAUGCACUACAAUACCUCCUAAGGAGUGUGAAAGAAUGUUCACUUGAGUUUUCAUUGAAUAAAAGAGAUUCAGUAAAUAUAUGCUAUUACAUUUAUGGAGAAACCAGAUGUCAAUAGCCUCAGUUGGCUAUAGUUUUAUGUUGUGCUCAUGAGUCAAUCAAUCAGUUUAAACUUGUUACCAGAAACACCACAUCUCAACUGACAUGAUCUGUCUCUUACAUCUGUUCCAUCAAAGCAUGUCUAAACUGAUGAUUGAACAAACUCAUACUCUGUACAGGGGUUGUGAUUAUUUCUUACUAUUUAUUUAAUCAAUAUUCUAUUUUAUUUCACCUGCAUCCAUAAGAAGACCAGCUUUAUUCAUUUAUGAUGCUAUUUAUUGUAACUGUAACAUUGUUGCAAUGUUUUCAGAAGUCACAAAAAUGUUAGCAGUCUGUCAUUUUCUUUAAAGAUAUUAAAUGUUCAUUUUUAAAAUAAUAAAGUUAAGUACAGAUUUUAAAAACAAAUGUAUGUGCCUUUUUUAAUAAUUUAAGUCAAUAUUAUGCAUUAU